UCCGCGCUGCCACUCCGGCGCCUGCUGCCCGGGCGACCGCGACUGCGGCGCUUCACAGGCGCGCUCGGCGACCAGCGAGCUGGCGAGUUUGGGACGUAGGUGGGUGCGUGCAUUUGUCCGGAGAGAACUGCCAGAUUCGCGGCCCCGCAAUGGUUCUGGCCCCACUGCUGCUGGGGCUACUGCUGCUACCCGCGCUCUGGAGUGGAGGUACUGCCGAGAAGGGGGAAGAGACCGAGCCAGAGCGGCUAUUUUCAGGUCCUUUACCAGGGAGCCUCCCAACUGACCACAGGCCAUUCUCUGCUCCUCACUCCAGUGGGGACCAGCUGCCACCAUCCCAGACUGGAAGAUCACAUCCAGCACACACAGCCGCUCCUCAUGUGGCCUCUGCAGCAUCAAAGCUCCUACCUCCUGUUGCGUUUAAUCACACCAUUGGACACAUAGUACUGUCGGAACAUAAAAAUGUCAAAUUUAAUUGCUCCAUCAAUAUUCCUAACACGUACCAAGAAACAGCUGGCAUUUCAUGGUGGAAAGAUGGAAAGGAAUUGCUCGGGGCACAUCAUUCAAUCACACAGUUUUAUCCUGAUGAGGAAGGGGUGUCAAUAAUUGCAUUGUUCAGCAUAGCCAGUGUGCAGCGCUCAGACAAUGGGUCGUACUUCUGUAAGAUGAAGGUGAACGAUAAAGAGAUUGUAUCUGAUCCCAUAUACGUGGAAGUUCAAGGACUCCCUUACUUUAUUAAGCAGCCUGAGUGUGUGAAUGUCACCAGAAACACAGCCUUCAACCUCACCUGCCAUGCUGUGGGCCCGCCUGAGCCUGUCAAUAUCUUCUGGGUUCAAAAUAGCAGUCGUGUUAAUGAAAAACCAGAAAGGUCUCCGUCUGUCCUAACUGUACCUGGUCUGACAGAGACAGCAGUCUUCAGCUGUGAGGCCCACAAUGACAAAGGGCUGACGGUGUCCAAGGGUGUACAGAUCAACAUCAAAGUAAUCCCCUCUCCGCCCACUGAAGUCCAUAUCCUUAACAGUACAGCACAUGGCAUCCUGGUCUCCUGGGUCCCCGGUUUUGAUGGCUACUCCCCACUUCAGAACUGCAACAUUCAGGUCAAGGAAGCUGACCAGCUGAGUAAUGGUUCAGUCACGGUUUUUAAUACCUCUGCUUCGCCACAUCUGUAUGAAAUCCAGCAGCUGCAAGCCCUGGCUAAUUACAGCAUCUCUGUGUCCUGCCGGAAUGAGAUUGGCUGGUCUGCAUCAAGCCCUUGGAUUCUGGCCAGCACGACAGAAGGAGCUCCAUCAGUAGCACCUUUAAACAUCACUGUGUUUCUGAACGAAUCUAAUAAUAUCCUGGAUAUCAGAUGGACAAAGCCUCCAAUUAAGCGUCAGGAUGGGGAACUGGUGGGCUACCGGAUAUCUCACGUGUGGGAGAGCACAGGGACUUCCAAAGAGCUUUCUGAAGAAGUCAGCCAGAAUGGCAGCUGGGCUCAGAUUCCUGUCCAAAUUCACAAUGCCACCUGCACCGUGAGAAUCGCGGCCAUGACUAAAGGGGGCAUUGGGCCCUUCAGUGAGCCAGUGACUAUCAUCAUUCCUGAACACAGUAGGGUGGAUUAUGCGCCCUCGUCAACCCCGGCCCCUGGCAACACCGACUCUAUGCUCAUCAUCCUCGGCUGCUUCUGUGGAUUCGUUUUAAUUGGGUUGAUUUUGUAUAUUUCUCUGGCCAUCAGAAGGAGAGUUCAGGAAACAAAGUUUGGGGGAGCAUUCUCUGAGGAGGAUUCCCAACUGGUCGUAAAUUAUAGAGCAAAGAAGUCCUUCUGCCGGCGAGCCAUCGAGCUUACCUUGCAGAGCCUGGGAGUGAGUGAGGAGCUACAGAAUAAGCUAGAAGAUGUUGUGGUUGACAGAAACCUUCUGGUUCUUGGGAAAGUUCUGGGCGAAGGAGAGUUUGGGUCUGUAAUGGAAGGAAAUCUGAAGCAGGAAGAUGGGACUUCUCAGAAGGUGGCAGUGAAGACCAUGAAGUUGGACAACUUUUCUCAACGGGAGAUCGAGGAGUUUCUCAGCGAAGCAGCAUGCAUGAAAGACUUCAACCACCCAAAUGUCAUCCGGCUUCUAGGCGUCUGUAUAGAACUGAGCUCUCAAGGCAUCCCAAAGCCCAUGGUGAUUUUACCCUUCAUGAAAUACGGAGACCUCCACACCUUCCUGUUAUAUUCCCGGAUAGACACAGGACCGAAGUACAUUCCCCUGCAGACACUGCUGAAGUUCAUGAUGGACAUCGCCCAAGGAAUGGAGUAUCUGAGCAACAGGAAUUUUCUUCAUCGGGAUUUAGCAGCUCGAAACUGCAUGUUGCGGGAUGACAUGACUGUCUGCGUGGCAGACUUUGGCCUCUCAAAGAAGAUUUACAGUGGUGAUUAUUACCGCCAAGGCCGUAUUGCCAAAAUGCCUGUGAAGUGGAUCGCCAUCGAGAGCCUGGCGGACCGAGUCUACACAAGCAAAAGUGACGUAUGGGCUUUUGGCGUGACCAUGUGGGAAAUAGCAACACGGGGAAUGACUCCCUAUCCUGGAGUCCAGAACCAUGAGAUGUACGAUUACCUUCUCCACGGCCACAGGCUGAAGCAGCCCGAGGAUUGCCUGGAUGAACUGUAUGCCAUCAUGUACUCUUGCUGGAGUGCUGACCCCUUGGACCGACCCACCUUCUCUGUGUUGAAGCUGCAGCUGGAAAAGCUCUCUGAGAGUUUGCCUGAUGCGCAGGACAAAGAAUCCAUCAUCUACAUCAAUACCCAGUUGCUAGAGAGCUGCGAGGGCAUAGCGAAUGGGCCCUCACUCACGGGGCUAGACAUGAACAUUGAUCCGGACUCCAUCAUCGCCUCUUGCACACCAGGUGCUGCCAUCAGCGUGGUCACAGCAGAAGUUCACGAGAACAACCUUCAUGAGGAAAGAUACAUCUUGAAUGGGGGCAAUGAGGAAUGGGAAGAUGUGUCCUCCACUCCGUUUGCUGCAGUCACACCCGGAAAAGAUGGUGUCUUACCGGAGGACAGACUCACCAAAAAUGGCAUCUCCUGGUCUCACCAUAGUACGCUACCCUUGGGGAGCUCAUCACCAGAUGAACUUUUAUUUGCAGAUGACCCCUCGGAAGACUCUGAAGUUCUGAUGUGAGACCAGCCGAGAGGAGGCAUGACAGAACCAAGCAAAUACUGCUUCCUGGGAUCAGGUGGUCUUAGAUACUUUGUUAUUGCUCUGAUGAAACAUCAUGACCAAGGUGAUCUUUAAGAGAAAGUGUUUAACUAGGUUUACAUUUCAGGGGGUUAGAGUCCAUGAUUGCAGAAAGAAGUUAUGGUGGCAGGAACAGCUGAGUGCUUAUAUCUUUAAUAGCAAGCAGGACACAGAGAGUACUCUGGGAAAUGGCACCAGUCUUUUGAAACCUCAAAGCCUGCUCCCAGUGACAAAAGUCCUUCAACAAGGCCACACCUCCUAAUCCUUCCCAAACAAUUCCACCAAACUGGAGACCAAACAUUCAAAUGUAUGAGCGUAUUGGGGCCCUUCUAUUCAAACCACCACACUGGUUAUACCUGAUGUUUUGGUACUUGUUUUCCUUACCAAAUAGAGUUCAUGGCUUGACAGUGCAAGGUGAAAACUGUCAAGUCAGUUUUGCAAAUAAAUACAUAACCAAGGUCUUGAGAGACAACUUUUUAUAGAGAUUUCUUUUAUAUGGUUGCCAGCAACUAAAUCAGAUGGCUCACAACCACCUGUAACUCCAGUUCUAGAAGACAGAUACUCUAUUCUGGCCUCUGAGGGCAUCUGCACACAUGAGGCAUACUUUCAUGCCGUCAUAUGAAUAAAAAUAAAUCUAAAAAUAAGUAAACCAAUAGCGAGGCUAGGAGUUUGACUCAGCAACUGUGUGCUUAACCUAUGGACUGUCCUGCAUUUCAUCCCAAGACCCCAAAGCAGUACAGAAUAAAAUACAGAGGCUAGGGGAGGUAGCUUAGUUGGUAAAGUCCUUGACUUGUAGUACCAGGAUAUGAGUUUGAUCCCCAGAGCCAACAUAAGACAACUUUGAAUGUGGUAGCACACGCUUGUGAUCUCAGUGCUGGGGAGAUAGUCUCAGGUGGAUUUCUGAGGCUCACUGGCCAGCUACCCAGGUGAGUUCCAGGCCAAGUAAGGCCUGUCUCAAAGAAAAAGGGUGGAUAGCACUUGAGGAGUGAUAUUUGAUGCUAUUCUCUGUGUAGACACACACACACACACACACACACACAAUCACAAUCACACACACACACCAGCACAUAC